GCAUAUUUUCCAGCUGGUGGAGGAGAACGUCCAGCGUCAAAGAGCAGUGAGGCUGAAGGAACCUGUUGUAAAGCUUCCAUCAGAAUCCAGCUGUACCAGUCUUGACCGGUCUCCCCAUGUGCAUAUCAAGGCAGAGCUGAAACCAUGGCCCACAUAUCCAGUGGCAAUGGGUUUAAGCAUGACAGGCCAGCCUCUCCAGGGGUGGUCCGGCCCAAAGGGAUGGUGGGAAAGGAGGAAGCUUUACGAAUGGAGGAAGAGGCCUUAGCUAAACUUUUGCGAGAGAAAAGACACACACUCCUAGCCACAGCAUGUUCUGCUAAUCCCCUUCCCAAUGCGAGUGCACAAGCAUCUUCCUCUAGCCGGCAGGAGAAAGAUCUCAUUGUCUUUCCUGAAUCAGAAACACAGAAGAAAGCAGACAAAGACAAGUUUGGGGACAUCGAUGUAGAGAAGCUGACCAAGGAGGAGCUGGAAAAGCUACUUCUGGAUGAAAAUUUUGGCACCAACAAAGUGACUAGGCCUUCUUCCCUGUUAGGUUGCAACCUCAGUGCCUCGUAUCCUGGAGGACAUGCCUUCAACACUUCAUCAUUCCACUGGACAGCUAAUUGUGCUCUGCAGACCCCUACACACCCACAGACUCCCAUCUUCUCCUCUGCUCCCUUCCCAAAACCUCCAUGCUCUUUCCAGAAUGGCUUGAGUCCAGCUAUGUCUCCGUUUAUUAGUAUGCCUGCCCAACCGUCUCCCUACAUCUCAUUUGCUCACAUCCAGUCACCUGCUGCUCUAGUCUACCAGCAGCCUGCCAUCACCCCAGAGAUGGCCAAGCUGUUUGACAAGAUUGCCAGCACUUCGGAAUACUUGAAGAAUGGCAGGACGUCCAGCAUGGAUGUACACUCAGGAAGUACCAAAUCCCUGGAGCCCAUGCCUCAGCCCUCAGAACCUCCCAACAUCAGCCGAUUUGAGUGGUUGGACCUGGAUCCGCUUAACAAGCGUAAGGUGGAGGUAGAGGAGAAACCAACUGUAUCAGGCGGCCCUUGCACAGAGCAAUCAGAGACUGCCAAAGACCCAUGGGAUGCGGUUCUUCAGGAAGAGACUGAGAGUGUGGAUAAUGGCAGUCCUCCAGCACAUUUGAAAAACAAGGCUACUUUGGCCUCUCAGCCAAGAAGAGCAUCAACAGGGGCGGCCAUAACUAGAAGCCAUUCCCUCAAUAUAUCUGCAACCUCAACGCAUCACAACCCAAGUAAACAGGACAAUAAGGGAAGUGCAAAUGAACUCCAAAAGUACUCCAAUUUGCAGGGCAAGGAAGCCCAGAAUCUAGAAGUUGCAGCAUUCUCUGAAGACAUUUCAAAACUGAGGUCAAAUUUCCUUCAUGAUGACCUCUCUACCAAUCCUGGCUAUGUUCUCAGCCCUGUGAUCACUCAGAGGGAUGCAGGAGGGGACAAUGGAGGCAGUGUUAAAGUGUCCAUUGAGAUUUCAGAUUCACAACAACCUGUAACCUUUACUUGUGAUGUGAGUUCUCCAGUGGACCUCCUCAUAAUGCAGGCUCUGUGUUGGGUCCAUGAUGACCUGAACCAGGUGGAAAUCAGCAGCUACGUUCUCAAGGUAUGCGGACAGGAAGAGGUUCUACAGAAUAAACACAGUCUCGGCAGCCACGAAUAUGUGCAGAAUUGCAGGAAGUGGGAGACGGAAAUCAAACUACAGCUCCUCUUUCUCAGCACGAUGAGAAGAGAUCUGGCCCGAACGCCAGAAGAUGACGUCUGUCCUGUUGACUUGGAGAAACACCUCAUUCUAGUGGAGAGGCCAUUUAAAGAGGCAGUCACAAGAGAAGGACUUGCUGAAUACCUAGAGGGCUAUCAAAAGCAAGUCAAUAUCUGCCUGCAGAAUGAGAGCACCCAGUAUAAAACAGUGGACAAUGUAGUUCAGUCUGUCAAAAAUCUGUGUUGUGCUUUGGAUGAAAUUGAGACACCAGCCAUCACUGAUGCCAUCAAAAGACUCAAACGCUCUGUCAACCUCCCUAGAACACGUUCUCCAGAGGCUGGUGCCACGUCUUCUGCAGGUUCAGCUAAUGGUUAUGCCAACCCAGUGGAGGAGAGUUUAGCAGCACUCACAGACGCUGUGUAUGAGCUCGCUAAGCUCUAUCUGCGCACUUUCUGCCCAACUACCCCUAAAUGCACAAUGGAGGAGCGCACAGAGGAUGAGAGGGACAGCAGAGAGGCGUCUGGCACCACAGACCACCUACAGUUCACCCUCUUUGCCGUUCAUGGCAUUCCUGCUUCCUGGGUCAGCAGUUUUGAAAAAUACUACCUGAUGUGUGCACUGACACACAACAGCAGGAAUCUCUUCAAGCCUGUCCAGUCCAAAAAAGUGGGAACAUACAAGAGUUUUUUCUACCACAUCAAAUGGGAUGAAUUGAUAAACUUUCCUAUUUCAGUGACCCUGUUACCACUGGAGGCAAUGUUGAGUCUUUCUCUCUUUGGAGUCCUCAACCAAAGUGCUAACAACUCACCGGAUUCCAACAAGCAACAAAAGGGUCCAGAGCUCUUGAGAAAAGUAUCUAUGCCCCUGUUUGAUUUCAGGCGGGUGCUGGCCAGAGGAAGCAAGCUGCUGAGUUUGUGGAUGUCUCCUCAAGCCCAUCAGCUUGGAGCUGCAGGCAGAGGGAAGAAUCAAACAGAGAGGAUCAUACUGCAGGUUGAUUUCCCCAGUCCAGCAGUGGACGUUCUCUAUGUUGGUCCUCAGGAGAAUGGCUGCCCAGACCCUCAGUCUCUUGAGCCACUUGAUGCAGGGGAUAGAAGUGAGGUAGAAAAGCUGUGUGCACGAGCCUCUGCCUUUGGACUGACGCAUGCAGACAGGCAGCUGCUGUGGGACCAGAGGUACCAUUGCCGAGACUUUGAAUACAGCCUACCCAAAAUCUUGGCCAGUGCACCCAGCUGGGACUGGGGCAAUAUGGGCGAGAUCCACUCACUCCUGCACCACUGGCCCCCUCUGUCGCCUGUGUCAGCCCUGGAGCUCCUUGAAGCAAAGUUUGCCGAUACCGAAGUGAGGAAAGUAGCUGUGAGUUGGAUCGAGAGCAGCAGUGAUGAUGAACUGGCUGAUUAUCUCCCUCAGCUGGUGCAGGCAGUGAAGUUCGAGUGCCACCUCAACAAUGCCUUGGUUAUGUUUCUGUUGUCUCGGGCUCUGGGAAAUGUCAACAUUGCACAUUAUCUUUACUGGCUGCUGAGGGAUGCCGUGCAGGAUCUAGCGUUUGGUCAGCGUUAUGACCGCAUUCUUGGAGUGUUGCUGUGUCUCUGUGGGGCAGGACUGAGGGCUGAACUUGAGAAGCAGACCAGGCUUGUACAGCUGCUGGGUGCUCUUGCCGAAAAGGUGCGACAGGCGAGCAACUCCACCCGACAGAUUGUGCUGCUGGAGGGUCUAGAGAGGGUUCAGUCUUUCUUCCAGAAGAACAACUGUCGACUCCCCAUAAGCCCCAGCCUUGUGGCAAAAGAACUCAAUAUAAAGGCCUGUUCCUUCUUCAAUUCAAAUGCUGUACCUCUCAAGAUUGCACUGGAAAACGCAGACCCACUGGGAGAGGAGAUUAACGUCAUGUUUAAGGUUGGAGAGGACCUGAGGCAGGAUAUGCUUGCACUGCAGAUGAUUCGCAUUAUGGAUCGGAUCUGGCUGCAGGAGGGAUUAGACCUGCGUAUUGUCAACUUUAAAUGCAUCUCUACUGGUAAAGACAAAGGAAUGGUGGAGUUGGUGCCAUCUUCUGAAACACUGAGGAAGAUUCAGUUGGAGUACGGAGUGACUGGCUCAUUCAAAGACAAACCUCUGGCUGAGUGGCUUCGCAAGUAUAACCCUGCUGAGGACGAAUAUGAGAAGGCCUCAGAGAAUUUCAUCUACAGCUGUGCAGGUUGCUGUGUGGCCACUUAUAUCCUGGGAAUUUGUGACCGCCACAAUGACAACAUAAUGCUGCGCUCCACCGGCCACAUGUUCCACAUAGAUUUUGGGAAGUUCCUGGGUCAUGCACAGAUGAUUGGGAGUUUUAAAAGGGACCGUGCACCAUUUGUCUUGACCUCUGACAUGGCUUACGUCAUCAAUGGAGGAGAAAGACCCACUAGUCGCUUCCCUUUUGUUGACCUUUGCUCUCAAGCCUACAACCUGAUACGCAAACACUCCAACCUCUUCCUCAACCUGCUGUCUCUGAUGACACAAUCGGGUUUACCUGAGCUGACUGGAGUCCAGGAUCUUAAAUAUGUGCAUGAUGCUCUUCAACCUCAGACUUCGGAUGUAGAGGCUACCAUUUUCUUCACAAGGUUGAUUGAAUCCAGUCUGGGCAGUGUUGCCACAAAAUUUAAUUUCUUCAUCCAUAAUUUGGCUCAGAUGCGUUUCUCUGGCCUCCCCUCCAAUGAUGAGCCCAUCCUCUCGUUUGCUCCCCGCACUUACACAAUGAAGCAGGACGGCCGAAUCCGAGAUGCCUCCAUAUAUUCAUUUCAAAAGAGAUACAACCCUGACAAGCACUAUACGUAUGUAGUGCGGCUCCUUAGGGAAGGUCAGAGUGAGCCCCAGUUUGUCUUCCGCACUUUUGAUGAGUUCCAGGAACUACACAACAAGCUGACCAUACUUUUUCCUCUGUGGAAGCUACCAGGAUUCCCUAAUAAAAUGGUGCUGGGGCGCACGCACAUCAAGGAUGUGGCAUCAAAGAGAAAAGUGGAAUUAAACAGCUAUGUGCACAAUCUGAUGAGGAGUUCAGCUGAGGUCAAUCAGUGUGACCUUAUCUACACCUUCUUUCACCCUAUUGUGAGAGAUGACAAGCAAGAAGGGAUUGAUGGACUCCCAAAAGCUCCAGAGAUGGCUCCAGUGAGUCCCACCACUGGCCGGGUAGAGGGUGAGGUGAAGCUGUCAGUGUCCUACCGAAACAGUACACUUUUCAUCAUGGUCAUGCACAUUAAAGACCUGUUGUCAAAUGAUGGAGCAGACCCAAACCCUUAUGUAAAAACAUAUCUUCUCCCAGACCCCAACAAAACCUCCAAACGCAAAACAAAGAUUGCGAGGAAGACUAGGAACCCCACAUUUAAUGAAAUGCUGGUGUACAGUGGUUACAGUAAGGAAACCUUGAAGCAAAGGGAACUUCAGCUGAGCGUGCUCAGUGCAGAGUCUUUGCGAGAGAACUGCUAUUUGGGUGGCAUCACCCUCAGCCUUAAGGACUUUGACCUGAGCAAAGAGACUAUCAAGUGGUACAAGCUCACCAUGGUGCCCUACUUCUAGGUCCAACAAGUAAUAAUCCCUCCCCAGCAGUCUUUUCACAAAGGGUGUUGCAACUACAGCAGGUGCCCUUACAGGACUACUCUGAUUCCCUCAACCCCUCUCUUAGCACUAAUCAAGGCUGAUUCCUUGUUGAAAUAAGCAAUCCACCUUACUUUGUGUGUGAAGAGAAAUCAAAAUUGGGUUAUUUACAUUUGGGACAUAGAGGACCAAAAUGGCUCACUUAAAGAAGAGUUUAUAUUAUUCUAUAAAUAUAUAAGUAUAUAUAGAGAGAGAUCGACACUUGUAUUUUUAAAACUGCUCAUUUUUACACAUUCUUUUUCUACAUAUGCAAAUAUGAAAUAUGAAAAGCCUUUAAGGUUUUGAGGUAUCUAGCUAAGCACAGCAGUGUGCUUUUGAUAAUGUGCCAAAUGAACUGAAACAACUUAAGACCAGUCUGUAGGAACAAUAACAGGGUGCCUUGAUAUGCUCUCCUUUUGUUUUUCUUAGUAGUUUUGUGUUAUACCUAACUGAAAUACCUGUUUUGUAAAUUUAAUGUAAAAUGUUCUUACCACGAGGUCACACACAUUUAAGUGGUUAUGUCACUUUUGUUCAACUGUCUUUUAAUGAAACAUUCUUGGCACCAAGGGACUUUGAAUUUUGACAUUGGUGUAAUGAACCCUGUUCAAAAGGGAAUGGUGCCUGUGGUUAAAAGCUACUGGCUGACCUCAGCUUCAUAAUAAUCUAUGAGCUUACCUGGAGGCAUUUUAUAAUCAUCUACAAGAUGCAAGUUUUCACUCACUCCGCAAAUAUUGACUUGAUUCGCUCUUUUAUGGCUGUUAAAAGAAACAUUCUAAUUUAUAUAAUUGUGACCAGUUAUUUAUUGGUUAUCUUUAACCUGACCGAAUCAAUGUUUUCUGUAAUUCUGUCUCUCUCCUAAAGUUUUUGAACAUCAUUCUCUAGAAUUUGUGUUCUGAAGUUAAUGCCUUGUUUACCUUAAAGUGAAAAUUUUGUCAUUUACUCACCCUCAUGCUAUCCCAGAUGUAUAUGACUUUCUUCUGCUGAACACAAAUGAAGAGUUUUAUAAAAAUAUCUCAGCUUUGUAGGUUCAUACACUGCAAGUGAAUGGUGGCCAGAAAUUUGAAGCUCCAAAAGCACUUAAAGGCGGCAUAAAAGUAAUCCAUACGUCUCCAGUGGUCUUGUGAAAAUGUCUUUUGAAGCAAUUUGAUGUGUGAGAAACAUCAAUAUUUAAGUCCUUUUUUACCAUAAUUUCUUGUCCAGUAGGUGGCGAUAUGCACGAAGAAUGUUGUAAUUGAUUGAAAAGGACUUAAAUAUUGAUCUGUUUCUCACCCACAUCUAUCGCAUCGCUUCUGAAGACAUGGAUUUAUCACUGGAGUCGUAUGGAUUACUAUGCUGCCUUUAUGUGCUUUUGGAGCUUCAAAGUUUUGGUCAACAUUUACUUGCAUUGUACAGAGCUAAAUUUUCUUCUAAAAAAUAUUUUUUGUGUAUGUGUUCUGCAGAAGAAAGUCAUUCACAUCUGGGAUGGCAUGAAAGUCAUUCACAUCUGGGAUGGCAUGAGGGUGAGUAAAUGAUGAAAGGAUAUUUAUUUUUGGGUGAACUAUUCCUUUAAUAAUUGACAAUAAAACACACAUUAACCAGUAGGGGGCAGACAACGAACACAAAACCUUUUGGGUGACUAAUGCAUUCACAGUGUAUUCAUAUCAAGGAGAUUAAUACUUGUAAUUAUUUUCUACUGAAUUCUGAGAUCUGAAUUCUAUAAUUCAUACAAUUUUUUCUUCAUAUACCACCUUCUAAUGCAGUCAAAUAUAAGUAGCCAUUUGUUGGUUGAUUUCACCUAAAAGUGUGAACUCUGUGGUUCUGUGGAGCUUUCUGUUUGAGCAGACUGUCCAGCUCAAAACAGCAACAUUGCCUCGACCAGUUGUGUGAGUUUGGGGCGGUUUUCUGACCAAAUGAAGACGGGGAGUUUUUUGGAAUCUGUUUGAAAACUGAUAAUUUUUUACAUUGUGUUUGGGGGUGCCAAUGGCACAGAAAUGACACUCAGAAUGAGAAUCUAUCUCAUUUAGUCAUACUGUAAGUGUACUCUUACACUGUAUUUUUAAUAUGUACAAAAUGAAUUGCCCUCAUGAAGUUAAAAUGGUCAAUGAAAAAACUCCUUGUCAAUCUAUUACCACUAAGGGUUUUCCUAAAUUGAGGGGUUUUUUUUGCAACUGGGCACAGAUCAACCCUAGAUCUGCCAAAGGAUCUGUACCACCUCAUUAAAAAGGCUGUUGCUGUAAGAAAGCAUCUGGAGAGAAAGCUACUCAGUGCACACAAUUGUUUUGUCUCCUGGGUGAUGGCUUGCUGCAAAAGCAAUAUGAACGAUUUGCCACUGGGUUCACACCGGAAUGUUAAAGUUGUAGAUGGUGUACAUUCAGAUUCUAAUGUAUUACAUGAAACAAAUACUACAUCAUUUGAAUAAACUUUUGCACACUUUGUAAAACUAGAACUUAAUCUAAACGAGUUGCCUUGUGUUCAUGGCAUCUUCUGACUUGUUUUGAUUUAGGCACAUGUGGAAUCUGUGUAGAGUUCCAUAUAGUGUUAUAUAGUGUCUAUAUGGUUUGUCCAUGCCACUUAAGAACUGAUGUAUCAAACCUACUGUACAUUAGUACUUGACACAAUUGUUUAUUUUUUACAUUGUCAUCAUUUAAUUUCAUUGUAUGGGAAAAAAUAUGCAAUGAAAGGGGAUGAAGACUGAGGCUAACAUUCUGCAGAACAUCUCAUAACUGACUAUUUUAUUUGUAUCCCUACCUUUUUUAUUUUAUCACACUUCUUAGUCAUCUACAUAGUUUUUCCAAACACAGCUUUGGAAACCUUAACUCUCAAUACUAGUAAUUUGGUCUCUUUAACUGGUGGACUUUAUGAUAUAAUUAUAUUUUUAAACAGGGCUACGAAAAAAACAAUGAAGUGGCUUAAAUUCAUUGGCAAUAGGAGGUAUUAAGCUCAACGUAAUGAUGUAAGAGAAGCAGAUGUUAACUUGGCAUCACAACAGAUUACACAUGGGAAA